AUGAUUUGCAUUGAAUGUUGCCAUCCGACGGACUCUUUAUACACGGUGUAUUCCAAUCAUCACAUCCAGUUGACCGAUUGCAAGAACUGCCAUAAUGUAGUGGAUAGAUAUGUGGAAAUAGAUAAUGUACUGCUCUUCAUUGAUCUUUUAUUAUUGAAACAUGAUGCUUAUAGACAUCUCGUCUACAAUUCACUGGAAGAGACAUUGUUGAAAUAUGAUCAAUGGAAACCUAUCACUAGCCUAUCUGUAUUGACCACAAACGUGAGAAAUUGGAUUUUAAAAUUUGACCAGCUAAAUAGGUUAUGGAUCCUGUUACUUACCUUUGAAAUUUAUUUAAUGUGGGUUACUGAAGAACAAAAAAAGCCUUGGUCCCGAUCAUUAUUGACAGGGAAAGUGCUUUUAUGCGAGGUUCAAUACCAAUAUCUUUAUUUUGCUCUAUAUUGUUUGAUUGAUAUAUCCAUAUUCCAUUAUUUGACACAAUUCUGUAUUAUAUCAUGGAUAAAGUGGGGUCAAAAUAUAAACUUUGCCAAACAUAUCAUAUCGUACACCAUUUUAAUAUCAUAUUGCGCUAAGAUAUUCCCAAUAUUAAUGCUAAUUUGGCCUUAUGAUACCAUAUUAUCAAUGAGUAUAAUCAAAUGGAUUGCCAAUAUUUAUAUUGUCGAGGCAUUAAGAAUAGUAACACGAUUACCAUAUUGGAAGAUACUUGGUAUCCUCUUAUUUGUAUCAUUGUGUCGAUUCGUUUUAGCAACUCCCAUUUUGAUCUUCCUAACCUGUCUAGCUACCAAUGACUUUGAUUACUUUACGACUUAUUUGUAUUCUGAAGUAGUAAUGGAAUUAUACUGGCUUAACUCUUUGAAAAAAUAUUUCUUUCUAUAA